ACUAAACCUUUUCUCUCAUAUUCCAAAAACCCUUCACUGCAUCAAAUCAUACACUAAUAUUCUCAUCCCACCCUAAGAGAAACUAAUCAACCUUAUUAUACUUUGUACUCUAAUAUGGCCAAAGAAGGUCUUGGACUUGAAAUCACGGAGCUGAGAUUGGGUCUACCCGAUGCUCAGCAGGUGAAUGUGGCUAACAAGAACGCUGAAAAGAAGAAUAAGAGGGUGUUCUCGGAGAUUGAUGAUGUUGGAGAUGAAAACAGCUCCUCCGGCGGCGGUGGCGACCGGAAAAUGGAGAACAAGAGUCAAGUGGUGGGGUGGCCUCCGGUGUGCUCCUACAGGAAGAAGAACAGUGUGAACGAAGCUUCGAAAAUGUACGUUAAGGUUAGCAUGGAUGGUGCUCCUUUCUUGCGUAAAAUGGAUCUGGGUAUGCACAAAGGAUACUCCGAUUUAGCCUUCGCUUUGGAGAAGCUCUUUGGUUGCUAUGGAAUGGUGGAAGCAUUGAAGAAUUCUGAGAAUGGUGAACACGUUCCCAUUUAUGAGGACAAAGAUGGUGACUGGAUGCUUGUUGGAGAUGUGCCAUGGGAAAUGUUCAUGGAGUCUUGCAAGAGGUUGAGGAUUAUGAAGAGAGCAGAUGCAAAGGGGUUCGGUUUGCAACCAAAAGGAUCCUUAAAGGGAUUCAUAGAAAGCGUGGGAAAGUGAAAGACAAGUUAGGGUUCUAAUUAAUGCACUUUUGAUGAUGAUAUGAAUCCAAAUUUAUGUUAUGGUUUUCUUAUAUUAAUUUGAGAAAGCAUAUCUUUUUAGUUUGAUAUAUGAAUCAGACUUUUGUUUAUGUUAUAAGUGUUAAUGGAUGACAUACAAUCAAUAGGGAAAACUUAUCUUUUUUUUUA